AUGUCCAAUUCUCCUCCCGGCAAAACCAAAGACAACCAUAACAGCGACCAAACACAAGCAAAAUACCCAAUUGACCUGUUCCGCGGCUGGCCCAACCCCGCCCUUUUACCCGUUGACUCGCUCGCCCGCAGUGCCGCAACAGUUUUCUCGUCACCGUCCAUCUACGAGCCCGGUCUCCAAUACGGUCCUGAUGAGGGCUACGCUCCCUUGAGAGAGCAUAUAGCCUCGUGGCUUACAUCAUUCUAUCGCGCCGACUCUGGCGACUCAUCUACGCCAAAUGACUCAACGCCGAUUACAGCCGAGCGCAUAUGCAUCACGGGCGGCGCAAGUCAGAAUUUAGCAUGCGUGCUACAGGUGUAUACGGACGCGUCAUAUACAAGGAAUAUAUGGAUGGUGACACCGACAUAUUAUCUUGCAUGCAGAAUAUUUCAUGAUGCCGGGUUUAUGGAGAGGUUGAGAGGCGUGCCGGAGGAUGAGGAAGGGAUUGAUUUGGAAUUCUUGGAAAGGGGGCUAAUAGAGGCCGAGGACAAGGCUGCUAAGGAGGGGAACAUUUGGCCGAAAUAUACUUUUCCUCGAUCGUGGAGCAACAUAUACAAACACAUUAUAUAUCUCACGCCAACGUUCGCGAAUCCGUCGAUGAAAGUGGUCUCUUUACGGCGACGCGAAGGUUUAGUUCGACUAGCGCGACGGUUCGAUGCACUCAUUAUAGCAGAUGAUGUGUACGAUUUUCUGCAGUGGCCUGCGGAUCCGAAUUCUCCACACAUAAGAGAGACAGCCUCGAUUCCGCGUAUAGUUGAUGUUGAUGGAUAUCUCGACGGCGGUCCCAAAAAUCGAUUCGGAAAUGCGAUGAGCAACGGCAGUUUUAGCAAAUUGAUCGGACCCGGGAUGCGCGUUGGAUGGGCCGAGGGAACGGAAAAGUUUGCAUAUGGGCUUUCACAGGCACAUAGAGGAUCAUCCCGCUCUGGCGGUGCUCCUUCACAGUUAUCAUCCACAUUCGUCGACCAACUCCUUUUGUCAGGUAUACUGCAACGACAUAUCAAACAAGAACUCAUCCCUGCAUACAGGGCACGCUACAAUCGACUCAUGAGCGCGAUAAAAGAGCAUCUAUUGCCUCUAGGAUUCCAUGUGCCCGUGGACCAUCAACCCAUUUCCGGCGGGUUUUUCAUCUGGCUGAAUUUACCGUUACCAUUCAAGGGUGAUUUACUAGCGCAAAGAGCGCUAGAGGAAGAAAAGCUGAUAGUUGGGAGCGGGACGUUGUUUCAGGUGCAGGGUGAUUGUAGUGAGGACUUUAGGACGUUUGAGCAUAGUAUUAGGCUGUGUUUUGCAUAUGAGCGGUACGAGUUGUUGUAUGAGGGCGUCGAGCGGUUGGCGGCUGCUGCUAAGAGGAUGUUGAGCUCGGAGGAUGUAUAG